UAAAGUUUUACGAGGAACUGUUCAGUGCAUUAUUUUCUCGUUUUGCAGCGAAUACGUUCAGCGAAAACCUUUUUAAAAACAUGGAAACUCGUAAGCUGAAGAAGGUGAAGGAAGAGAUUGUUCCAGGACCAUCGUUCGAAGAAGUAACCGUGAAGGAAGAGCCGCAGGAUGUGCUGCACCAGUCCGUCGAAUUUCACGCUGAAGAAGGCACAGCUAGUACAUCUCGCAAAAGGACCAAAGCAGUCAGCAGCACAAACACACCUAAAUCACCUAAUAAGCAAUCAAGUCAGCCACCGAAGACAACAGUGCGUAAGAAAAGCCGCUACACGCAGGUUAUUCCAGAAGACAUUGAUCUGGACAAUGUGAGAAAAUGGAACCGACUGGAAACGCACGGUGAAGAUAAACCAAUUGAUCCAACCGGUUUGGGCGAAAUAGUUCCUCAGUGCCGCCUCUGUCUGCGUAGAGUUUCACGUGAGAAUCUCGAGAUAAUCGUAGCCAAACAUAAGAAAAAAGCACGAGUUGCUUUUCAGAUUCGCAUUUUUCCGCACGAUGCUUACCCCUUUAUUUGUUCAAACUGCUUGAAUCUAAUGGAUAUUUUCAUUGAUUUUAAAAAUGCUGUAACUCAAGCUAAGAGUUUGCUCGUCAACGAGAAAGCUUAUUUAGAAACCAAUGGAUGGGAUGACCCAGAUUAUAUCGAUGCUUUCCAAAAGUGUAAGCAGGUUGUCGAGCUUCAUCGGAAGCAGAUUGAUUCAAUGUACGAAGAACUGGCGAAUCCUCCAAAAAAGGAGUAUGGAGAUCAAGUGGAUGAUGAUAAGACUGAAGAAAACAUAGUUGAAAAUAACGACAUGGAUGAUCCAGAAUAUGAAUCUAGUAUUAAAGCGGAGUGUAUUACUACUGAAGAUGUCAUUCCAUCACUUCCUACUGAAAAUCCUAACACAGAAAUUAUGGAACAGAAUACGGAAGAAGUUGAAAAACUAAAAAUAGAAGUGGCAGAAUCAAUUCCUGAUGACUCUAUGGACGAGGAUUUCAUUCCAGACGAUGAAGAGGAAGAUGAAGAUUUUAAUCCAAAAGUUAAGAAGCAAAAAACUGUCAAGAUAAAGAAGGCUGCCACAGCUGCAAAUGCUUGUAAAACAUCUGGAAAUAAGCAGUUAGUCUCAAGACAAUUGUGUGAUUUCUGUGGAGCAUCCGUUCGUCCAGAAUCAGUAGAAAGUCAUAGAAAUGCUCAUUUAGGGAUCAGACCAUAUGCAUGUUCUAUGCAAGAUUGUGCAUUAACGUUUACAAGCCGGUUCAAUUUGGGCAAACACAUCAAACGUAUUCAUAAAGAGAGCGAAGUUCAUACAUGCAAUAUAUGUGGCAAGCAGAUUCGAGGCACAAUUGGAGUUCUGAAAUAUCACCAACAAAGGCACAACGUCGACCAGAAAAAACACAUCUGUCAAGUGUGUGGUAAGGCUUUCACGAUGAAAUGGUAUCUUACCCAGCAUUCCAUUAUACACACAGGAGAUUUCCCGCAUAAGUGCAAAUACUGUGGAAAAAAAUUCAACAACAAAUGGAGUAUGAAAACGCACGAAAAGAACAUCCACGAGAAGAAAACUCAAAUUAAAAACGAAGAGAACCAGUCAUGGAAUCCUGAAAAUUUUUCGCAAACCGAACCUCAGCCUCAUAUAAAAUAAUUUAUUUCAAAAUUUAAAUAUACCAAUUUGAAUGGCUCAAUAAAUAGUUUGCUUUUGUAAAUGUAUUCUACGGUGUGUAAUUGGCACCGUUUUCAGUGUUCUUUGCGAUCGACGAAUAAUUAAAUCCGUGGUACAUGUAGGUGGGUAACCAAUAACUAAAUGAUAAAAAAAAUAGUGUAAUAAUCCUUUGCUAUUUUCAAAGCCACUUAGAUUUUUGGUGAAUUUUCAGAGUGCAACUUAGUUUUCAUUUUUGUGAAGAGCUUUGAGUGGGUUGGUUUAUUUCCUUUAAAUUCCGUUAUAAUUGCUUAUCUUUUGACAGAUACGCGUAUUUCGUCUACUACUUGCAGACUUCAUCAGUGCCAAGUAC